CCACCCUUCACCCUCCUCACAAGUACCUUACCCACUAUGUAGAGUGCAUCCCACUACACCUAGCAAUGACCUCUCCCUGCGCUUCAGCAUCCAGCAUCCAGAGUCCAUCCCCACGACUCGAAGCCCACCAAACGAAACCCGCGAAUCCUUUCAUCCCCAUUCCCAAGGAUGACCAGGCACCUAGGUACGAUGACGAAAUGCCACUGCACCGCAUCAUCUGUCGCGUCCCGACCUCCUUCGAAUCUUAGAUCAUCUGAUUGGAUAAGAGUAGCACGAUGCAGGAAACCGCCUCGCAGACGUCCCGGCCAAUCCAAUCCCGUCAGCUCGUUCUGUCCAGCAGAGGUCUCCCACCUUAGCCCAUGCCCAUGCCCUGCAUCCACGAAAGCUCGGCCUGGCGUGUCAGUUCCGAAGGAGGUCGAUGGUCUAUCGUCAUCGGGGAUCGAGGGUUAUGCCAUGCGCGCCCGGCGGGAUAUCCACUGCAUCCUGCUGUUUUAGUCAUUUGCUGCUAGUGUGAGGGUUAGCUCGCUGGGAUUGGGCUUUGUUGUCAGCGUUGACCUGACCUUGACCUGACCUUGACCUUGGCCUUGCGGGCUGUUGGACCGCUUGGAGGUGGGGUGGAGUGGAAUGUACG